GUGGCAGAUGCAUCUCCCCUUUCUCAAGCCCAGAAUCAAGCUCCAAAAUGGCAACAACGUCUCCGCUCGACGAGCACGCCCAAAAAGGCGAAUACGUAAUCAGGAAGUCCGGUCGCCCCUUUACCAAGGACUUCCGCAUUCACUUUGAGCGUGCUCACGACGGCGUGCCCGUAUCGCCCUUCCAUGACAUUCCGCUGUACCAUGACAGGGAGAAGGGGAUACUAAACAUGGUCAUUGAAAUCCCGAGGUGGAGCAAUGCCAAGUUCGAGAUAUCUCGCGAAAAGAGCCUCAACCCCAUCGUACAGGACACCCUCGACCACGCACCGCGUUUUGUCAAGAACUUCUUUCCUUAUAGGGGCUACAUUUGGAACUACGGCGCCCUCCCGCAGACCUGGGAAGACCCGGACCACAAGGACCCGGAAACGGGCGCCCCGGGAGAUAACGACCCGCUCGACGCAUGCGAGAUUGGCCGGGCAGUAGCUCCAGGGCCGGGCACCGUCCGGCGGGUCCGGCCCCUCGGCGUGCUGGGCCUGCUCGACGCCGGGGAGACGGACUGGAAGGUACUGGUGGUGGAUGUCGACGACCCGGUGCUGGGUGCCCGGCUGCGCGACUUGCCCGACGUCGAGCGCCUCCUGCCGGGACUGCUCGACGCCACCCGCGACUGGUUCCGCUUCUACAUGGUCCCCGACGGCCGGCCUCCUAACGAGUUCGCCUUUGGUGGCCAAUGGAAGGGGCGCAGGUUUGCCGAGAAGAUCAUUGCAGAUUGCGAGGACGCUUGGAAGAGGCUGGUAAAGGGCAAGACCAAGCGCGAGGAUAUCUCACUAGACAACACCACGCUGGACGGGACACCGGGCAAGCUGGAUCCGGACGAGGUGCGCUUGCCCCCCGACGAGGACCUUCCUCCAGCACCGAUCGAGCAGGAUUUGGACGAGUGGUUCUAUAUUGACCGGAAGACUGCGGAGGACGGCGAGGGCUCUUUGAGUGGGAAUAACAUGACGAUUGUGUUGGAGAUGCAAGAAUGACACUUGAGAUGUGUUGGGAAUCAUAUGCCACGAGUUUAGGAACGUUGAGACAUUUCUUGCUCCAGUCCCUUGGUCGCGUCUACCCAACAUUGUAAACUUGUGACUCCAACGGACCCCAGAGACUUUACGAAUUUCACUUUUGAACAAGCCGAAACGGGGCAUCGAAGUUUGCG